AAUCAGCCCCAUAAUACAGCACUUGGGGCUGGUGUAGCUUGGCUGGGCCUAACGACCAAGGCAGACUGACGACGGCCACCCUCACAUUGCGUCAUUGCCUCCCUCGUCAUCGUCGGCUCGUCGCCGUGGCGAUGGCGGACGCCAGCGACAACAGCAUGGCGCUGGUGCACGCGCGCCUGGCAGUCUCCGCGGUGGCGCCGCCGCGGAUGCUGAGGCAGCGGCAGAAGUGGGAGGUGGAGUACGCGCGCUACUUCGGCACGCCGCGGCGGGACCCCUCCGCGCCGCCGCCACCAGGGCUCCGCCACAUCAUCCGAGGCGUCCACCGCCACCAGGGAACCUGGAUCCCCGCCUCAUGCCCCGCUUCCCUCUGCGUCUCCCACCCCAGCCUCCCCUCCGCAGUCCCCGUCCUCACGAUCUCCAUCGGCGACGUCGUCUUCGAGGAGCACUUUGUGUCGAUUCUCAACUUCUCUUGGCCUCAGAUUACUUGUGUGAUGCAGUGCCCCAUCAGAGGUAGCAGGGUGGUAUUCGUGAGCUUCUGUGAUAAGUCUAAACAGAUCCAGAAGUUUGCUGUACGUUUCCCACAGCUCUGUGAUGCAGAAUUGUUCUUAAGUUGUGUGAAGGAAUGCUCAUGCGAAACCAUGGACAUGAUACCGUCUGGAAGUGACUAUGUGUGUGAAGAUUCAUCAACAUCUGAAUAUAUUGCUUAUAAUGGACUUCACCACAGGCCAGAUGAUGCUUCAGGCUUUGAGGAGCAGAGUUCUGAUCACACAAUAGAUGAACCAACAAUGAGCUACCAUGAGGAACAAGAUCAGCCUGUUCUUGAGCCUCUCAGUGCUAGCAACACUAGUAACAGCUACUCUGCUUUCCCUCCUAGUUUCAACCAAAUGCUGACAAAUUGUUCAAUUGAUUAUGACCAAGAGGAACCCUGUCCAUUGGCUGCAUCAAACCAUGCCCUUCAAGAGGUGUAUGCACUGGAUACUUCUCAUGAUGUUGCCAAUGAAGAAACGACUGCUGGUAAAGGUCUGGAUGCUGGUGAGGGAGUUGAUACCAGUAUAUUAACAUAUGACAUAAUGGCACGGAUAAAGACAUAUAUGGCUGAUGAAUCCUUUAAUGACAUCUAAUCGGGGCCACAUAUCAAUCACGGAGGUGGAGAUGCGGCCGCUCGGCACUCGAGUGCGGUCGAGCACGGGGGCUGCCACAGUGGGGCCGCAGGCGCCCGACGCCGGGCCAGACACCCGGUGUGGGGCUACAACCGUGUGGUGGUGGUUCUCGGGCACUCGACGUGGAGCCGAAGCCGCCUGGCGCGGGGGCUCCGGCACGUUCGCCGAUGACGUGGUGAGCUGCGGCGGUACCGGGGUCAGACGGUGUGCUGCCUCACGAGGUGCUGCAAGUCCAGGAGCGCAUGGCAGCGUCCUUAUAUGUGGGUGAGGGCAUGGGUCGCAGCUGAAGGGCCGUGACCCGGUCGCGUCCGCAACACGAUCUGGGAGAAGACCGGCUUCUAGGACUGCCGGUCAGCCGGUGUCAGCCUAAGCACCGCCGCUGCCGCCCACCUUUGACGGCAAUGCCUGCCACGGCCUUGUUGAGCACGUUCUCGCCUUCAGGAAAAAUAGAGGAGCUUUUGCUUGAUUACUGGCCUUAAUCCUUCAGGAUUAAUUCGACAAGUUGUUUUUUCUUUGUUAUGUAUUGGUUCUUCUCGUUCUAGUCGUGAUCGCUAAGGAAGAGAGUAGAGAUUAAAAGCCUCUAUUUUGGCAUUUUCCCCCAGAGAGGCUCGGUCAUUGUACUACCAGUAUUAUAUUAAUUCAUCUUGAUUACUACUAGUAUUAAUGAUCUGCUUUUAUUCUAA